CAUUAUUUUCUACGCGCAUAUCUUCCCCAGAUUAUCCCCGAACGUCUCGACUGUGCAGGCAUCACGCCGCUGCUGCACCAUGGAACCGGUUGGCCUUACCGUCGGUGUCGUUAGCCUUGCCAGUCUCUUCAAUAACGCCGUAGACUGCUUCGAAUAUGUCCAGCUCGGCCGUAAUAUCGGUAAAGAUUUCCAGACCAGCAUGCUCAAGCUCGACAAUGCAAGACUUCGACUUUCCCGGUGGGGGAAGGCCGUUAGUCUAAGCGGCGACAUAGCAGAAGUUCAGUCUCUAGAAUCGACAGCGCUGUCAGCAGAGGACGUGCCGGUGGCUGAGAGCUUGCUAGGAAAGAUAUUGGACUUAUUUGCUGAUGCUGAAGAGGUUUCUGUGAAGUUCAAGAGCCGAGCAGUUGCUACCGACUCGAGUUUGAUAGUUCAUGACGCGCAAACGGACUUAGACCUUGUCCAUCGAACACUGCAUGAAAAAAUGCGCGAUCUGUCCAUCAGAAGGCAGAACAAGACUCCCCUGCGUCACAAAGUAAAAUGGGCACUGUACGAGAAGAAACACUUUCAGAGGUUGAUCGAGGAUAUCAUUGAGCUGGUCAAUGCUCUUGUUGAGACGUUCCCAGCGGUACGACAGGCACAGCGAGAUCUUUGUUCGGUAGAAGCGUCGGAGAUUGGGACCAACGGGUCUCUCUCUGCGUUGGAAAGCGUCAUUGCGGGUCAAGACGAAGAUCUUCAAGCCGCAAUAUCGGCGAUCCUGAAGUCUAAUGGCGUAACCAACACAUGGAACAACCGUAACAGCAAGAUCGGAGAGCAAGUAGGGACCAAGAAUGUUUAUGGCAAUCAGAAUAUUACAGUUUAAC